UCAUUCGCCCUUCUGUCGCGUAUUGUGCUAGCAUGGCGCCGACGUACUCGCCGGAGCCGGAGCCGCCGUUCCGGCCGAGGGAAAAGAUAGUGGAGAAGCAGAGGUACUUCCAGAGCGUGCACAGGCCGACCUACCUCAAGGGGCGCUAUGACGUGAUCACCUCCGUCGCCAUCCCUCUCGCCCUGGCCGCCUCCAGCAUGUUCCUCGUCGGGCGCGGGAUCUACAACAUGUCGCACGGCAUCGGGAGGAAGGAGUGACCAUUGAAGCCCUCUCUUCUGUGACACAGACGAGCCCUUGUACAGCCGUGUGUGUACGUGCCUUUGUGAAGUGAAAGCAAUGUAGUGUGCAGUACUAGAAGUGUUGGAUUCAGAUGGGAGUUGUCGCCUAUUUUGAACGAGCAAGCCAACAAUCGAGUGGUUUUCCAGUCAAGAUAACAAAAGAGCAGCAUGAGCGAUGUACUGGAUUUGCAUGGGCGCCAAAGAUCAGAAACACAUGCAGCGCGUAGGCAAUCCAUGGAGAACCUAUAUUACAUUAUUGUUGUGUUCGCAGAUUAUUGUACAGUACCUUUCCUCAGACUGUCAUGGAAGCUAU